UGCUUGUGGGGGGCGAUGGAGGCGUCGUCGCGGAGGGAGGGUGCCUCGUUGGGCCGGAGCCUGUGCGUGGUGACGGGGGCGUCCCGGGGUCUGGGCCGGGCCGUGUGCCUCCGCCUGGCCGGCGCCCUCUCUCCGGGCUCGGCGCUGCUCCUCUCGGGCCGGGCGGAGGCGCCGCUGCGGGAGGUGGAGGCGCUGCUCCGCCGGGACUGGCCCCGCCUCCGCCCCCGCGCCCUCCCCGCAGACCUGGACCACCCCCACGCCGCCCCCACCCUCCUCCAAGCCGCCACCGAAGCCCGCCGCCAGAUGGAGGAAGGGGAAGGGGGCGCCCCCCCCCAAAGGCUCCUCCUCGUCAACAACGCCGGCUCCUUGGGGGACAUCUCCAAGUCCUUCUGCGAGCUGACAGAUGCGGCGGAGGUGGGCGCCUACCUGGGCCUGAACGUGACCUCCGCCCUCUGCCUCACGGCCAGCCUCCUCCAGGCCUUCCCUGCCCGGCCGGGCUUCCGCCGCACGGUGGUCAACAUCUCCUCGCUGGCCGCCCUGCAGCCCUUCAAGAGCUGGAGCCUCUACUGCACCGGGAAGGCCGCCCGGGACAUGAUGUUCCGUGUGCUGGCCCAGGAGGAGCCGGACGUGCGUGUGCUCAGUUACGCCCCAGGCCCCUUGGACACUGACAUGCAGGAAGAGGUGCGCAGCAAGAGCGGAGACCCCGAAUUAAGGCGGAUGUUCCUGGCAAUGAAAGAGGAGGGCAAACUGCUGGACUGCGACGUCUCGGCCCAGAAGCUGCUGGACCUCCUCCUGGACGACACCUUUGAGUCGGGGGCCCACGUGGACUUCUAUGACCCCUGAAGAGGCCCCUCCCUCCCUCCCUCCCACUCACCCGAAGCCCCUUGCCCAGCCCUUCCUUCCUUGCAUUGCGGAGGAGGCCUUCCCUUCCCUUCUCCUCUCUGUGUAACGUAUACUCCCUUCUCUGCAGAUUUCGUAUCAAUGAGGGCUUUGCGGAAGGUUUCCCAACAUUCUGAAAAAUAGGAGGAACUCCAUGACGUUGCAGAGUCUGCAUUUUGUGGACCUCCCCAAAUUCCCAUGCUGCCUGUGGGAUUCUGGGAGCUGUAGUCCCAACAAGUAGCUUUCCCCACCUUUGCUUUGACGUGCCUUUGAUUGCACAUGGAAUGUGCUGUGUGUGUAUUUUCUUCUGAGUUUCAGUGCCCAUACAAAUACUGGACAAGGAAUCUUUUCCCUGGAAAAUAAUUCCAUGACGAAGGAGUGUAGCCUUGUGGUUUCUAGGCCUUGCACGGUGAAUCCACUCUGGGUUUUAGUCUGAAUUUGGGUGCAUCUACAUUGUCGAAUGAAUACAGUUUAGAUGCCCCUUUCACUGCCACGACUCAGUGCGACACCAUCCUGGGAGUAAUAGUUUUUCAAGGAUUUGGGCCUUCUCUGCUAAAGAGGGUGAUACCUGACCAAACGCCAACUUCCAGGAGUCCAGCGCAUGAAGUUAUGGCCGUUCAAGUGGUGCCAAACUACAUUAAUUCUACCAAGUAGAAUCACAGUUUGUGGACAGCCAAGGAAGUAUUUUCUUCCCUUGGCAUCGGCAAAUAGCCACCCAGAGCAUCUGUUUUGAAGGGUCCUUUUGUAAGCUGGUCAAUGCAGACAUUCAGCUCAUGCCACAGCCCAUUUGGACUCAUUUGCCAUGCAUUUUGCAGAUAAAAGUGCUGAGAUUUGUUCUGA